AUGGAGCCCAAUGGAAGAGUCGUUGAAGAAACUGAGAAGCCGGAAGACCUCCCGAGCGACCCUGACGCCUCGUCUCCGCCCCUGAGAUCGAAGGAGAGCAAUGCGAAGGUCGCGAGCAUCCUGGACGCCUGCAAAUGGAAGGAUAUCUCGAUUUUGAGGACGCUGGCAACUUCUGAAGGCGGGCUGGUCUCGGACGAGGUUCGACGGCAGGCAUGGCCGCUGCUCCUGGGCUAUAUCGAUCAUUAUAGCGAGGAAAAAGAGUUCCUCAAGGACUGGAGAAUGCUCCCAAAGCAUCGCGACGAGGACCAAGUGCGGCUGGAUGUUGACAGGUCCUUUAUAUACUAUCCUAAUGACCAGUCCUCUGAGGACCUCGACCGACGCAAAGAAGAGCUUUCCAACCUGAUUACAGAAGUUCUACGGAGCCAACCAUACUUGUGCUACUUCCAAGGGUACCAUGAUAUUUGCCAGGUAUUCCUACUGGUCCUCGAACCACGAAGUCGUGCAGCUGCUGUGGCACGGCUCUCAACACUGCGAAUAAGAGAUUUUAUGCUUCCUACACUCGCACCCGCGUUGGCUCAAUUACGUCUGAUACCGGUAAUAUUGGAUGCGGUUGAUCCGAAACUCUGCGCGCAUCUGUCUCUGACCCAACCGUUCUUUGCGCUCUCUGGAACCCUCACCAUGUACGCCCACGACAUCCAAGAGUACGGUGAAAUCGCAAGGUUGUUUGAUGUUUUGCUUGCACGCGAGGCUGUCUUCUCUGUGUAUAUGUUUGCACAAAUCGUGCUUCAACGCUCCGAUGAGCUCUUCGAAACACCAGCAGACGAACCAGAGAUGCUUCACUCGAUCUUAUCAAAGCUGCCCAAGCCACUGGAUAUUGAGAAAUUGAUUGCAAGUACCGUGUAUCUUUUUGAGAAACACCCGCCGGAGCGGUUGAGGACAUGGCGGUCUAUAUCGUCGUCCAGCGUCUUGAAGACCGCUCGUUGGCCGGAACAAACCAAGGAUCAAUCGCUAGAAGAGGGAGAAAUGUAUUUUAAGAAGCAGGUGAAAGAGCUGCAAUGGGCAGAGCAACGCGAGAGGGUCUUGAAGGUGGUAUGGAAAUACAAAAGACCUGCUGGCACGAUCGGCGUCGCUGUACUUGUAGGAGUAUUAUCUUUCUACUUGCGGAGAGGUUCGGGACCAUCUGGCUUGUUUGGGGCGUUUUGGAGACAAUGGACAGGAUACAAGGGACAUUAA